UGUUGAUGAUCCUCCGAGAGGAAUCCGUCUCGCACCACCGAGGUUUAAGUGUGGUGUCACAUCUAGAAAUUUGGCGUCGUCUGAGAGCUCUGUUUGUGGUUCCGUCUGCGCUCGCGUAGUGGGCUGGAGCAACCAUUCAUUGUGGUUGAACCCCAAGUAGGAAUCUGUACAUGUGGUGGUUCUAGUUGUACGUGGGAAUUUUAUUCUUCCUUCCGUAGUUGCACUAUUACGUUGUCCUUAUCUUCUUGCAAGUCCACGGUUUUCAGGUGGUUUGGAGGCAGCGCUUCUGAGAAUUCGUCUUUUGAAUAGCUAGGCGAUUUUCAUUGAAUUUUGUGAGCAAAGUAGAGUGGGAUGGCGACUUCCGUGGGGGCUGCGACGCGGAAUUUGGCCAACGCUCAACAAUUGCAGCAAAAGUCACCUCCUGUUUCAUGUAAUUCACUAGCUGUGUCUCAGGUGGUGCUUGCCCAGCCUUCCAGGGUUCGCGGUGGCUUGGUUUGUGGUUAUGCUUCAAGCACAUUCUUUGCUUCAGAAACUCCUUUUUCCUUCGUGGCUCGUCCAAUGCCAAGGCAUCACCAGCGACGAAACGGAAGCUUUGUAGUUUGCGCUGAUGCUGAUUAUUACGCAACACUUGGUGUGGCGAAAACUGCUGACAAGUCGGAGAUUAAAAGCGCUUAUCGGAAACUUGCAAGGCAAUACCAUCCAGAUGUGAACAAAGAACCUGAAGCCGAACAGAAGUUUAAAGAUAUUAGUAACGCGUAUGAGGUUCUCUCUGAUGAUGAGAAGCGAUCAAUUUAUGACAGAUUUGGUGAAGCUGGUCUUAAAGGUGCUGGAGGUGCAGGAGGGACUGGGGGUUUCAAUAAUCCCUUUGACCUUUUCGAGACAUUCUUUGGAGGAAUGGGCGGUAGAAGUUCCGCCCAGGCUCGAAACAGGCCCGUACAGGGUGACGACGAGCGCUAUGACCUACUUCUUGAUUUCAAGGAAGCCGUGUUUGGCACAGAAAAAGAUAUAGACGUGACUAGACUGGAAAGUUGCAAUACAUGUGCUGGUUCUGGAGCGAAACCCGGUACAACUCCCACUCCGUGCAGUACCUGUGGAGGUCAAGGACAAGUGAUGACUACCGCUCAAACUCCUCUAGGAAUGUUUCAGCAGGUGACAACAUGCCCAGCAUGUAAGGGUUCCGGAGAGAUUUCGACGCCAUGUUUAACGUGCUCAGGCGAUGGACGAGUAAGAAAAAGCAAACGCAUAAGCUUGAAGGUACCCGCUGGCGUUGAUUCAGGGAGCAGGCUCCGAGUUCGAUCUGAAGGAAAUGCCGGUCGCAAGGGUGGUUCUCCUGGUGACCUGUACGUCUUCAUCAAUGUAAAGUCUGACCUCGAGUUGAAGAGGGAUGGUUACAAUAUUUAUGUCUCAGCCAAGGUUUCGUAUAUAGAUGCAAUAUUAGGAACAACUGUGAAAGUGCCAACUGUAGAUGGAUUUGUAGACUUAAAAAUUCCUGCUGGUACGCAACCUGGAAGCACGUUAGUUAUGUCUAAAAGGGGCGUUCCAUUGUUGGGUAAGCCUAAUUUGCGAGGUGAUGAGCUAGUUAAGGUUGUAGUCGAGAUUCCCAAAAAGUUGAGUUCGGAGGAGAGAAAGCUUGUCGAGGAGCUUGCAGAAGUGUCGAAGCCAAAAGCUGGUAGCUCUAGGUGAUUUCUAGCUGGAACAUUCGAGAUAGAUUAAUUAGACUGUAAUACAAAGAUAUUUUGUAGUCUCAGAAUUGAGGUUAGUCGCGAAAAUUACAGGAAUUUGUUUGCAUUGCAGGAAGACCUAUGCGCUGCAGCUGGGUCUGCCUAUCUCUCCAAUUAAGAUAGAGUAUUCAAUUCUUUGUUUCCACGA